AGAGAGAAAGAAGACAGAGAAGACAGACAGAGAGAGGACAGAGAGAAAAGAAGAGAAAGAGAGAGAAGAACGAUAGAGAGAGAGGAGAGAGAAAGA